GGGGUUUCAGAUGUACUGCAGAGUAAGCAACUUGAUCUAGCUGCAGCCGUAGAUUUGGUAGAAACGGCAAUAGACACUUUGCUUGAAUGGAGAGAGGCGUCAUUUGAUUCAUCAUUGUGGAAGAAUCUAUGGAAUGAUAUCGAAGAACUGGCCAGAAACAACGAAGUGGACCUUGGUGAUCUUUCCCAGUCGAGGCGCCGCAAUCGAGUCAGCCAUCAGCCAACACGUCUAGAUGAGUACGUAAUAAUGGAAACGACCGGCAGGCAACCAGUUAUUUCAGAGGACGUCGAAACCUAUGUUAGAGUUUCCGUCUACUACGAAGUGCUUGACUCAAUCAUAGGAGAAAUGAAGCGCCGAUUUUCCCAUGAGACUCGUCCACUGAUAAGGGCAUGUAGCGCUUGCAUGCCUGGAUCAUCUUUUCUCAAUGCAACUACUAUGCAGCCAUUGAUUGUCCACUACAAGCUAAAUUUUGAGGACAUUUCUGUGCAAGCCGAAGAAUGCAAACGGUUUCUUGCAAGGAAGAAGGAUGUAAACUCUUUAUCUGACGUCUUACACCAUCUCUUGCCAGUCAAAGAGGCGUUUGUAGAGUUGUAUAAACUUCUGACCAUAGUGUUGACUAUGGGUGUGUCAACAGCAUCUUGCGAACGCUCGUUUUCGUGUCUGAAGAGGCUAAAAAGCUAUCUUCGGGCCGGUAUGGGUCAAGAUCGGUUAAACAGUAUGGCUUUGCUUGCAAUAGAGAGAGACCUCUCUGGAAAAAUAGACAUUGACGAAGCAAUUGAGUUAUUUGCUAGAAUAGACAAGAACAGGAGAAUUAAGUUACUAAAGUAG